AUGGCACACCAAAUCCAUAUCGCCGUUAUAGAUACGGACGUUCCCUGUCAGACUGUAUACGCUCAGCGUGGUCUCUACAGCUCGCAGUUUAGAACCCUACUGCAGUCCGCCGCAAAGCGUGUCAACGCAAAUGCAGAACUACAGCUUCAAAAUGGCGCGCUAGCAGUGCACAUCACUGCUUUUGACGCCGUUGGAGGUUCACUCCCGCCUCUAGAAUGCCUGCGGUCUACUCCCCGGUCUCCAGCAGAUGCUAAAGCCGGUGGCCCAUUCAGCCCCAUCGACGCGAUCCUCAUUACUGGAUCUGCAAGUUCCGCAUACGAUCCUCAUCCAUGGAUCCAAGAACUCGAAUCCUUCAUCCAGAUUGUGUACAUCAAUUUCCCACUGAUCAAGAUAUUCGGUUCGUGUUUCGGACAUCAAAUUGUUGCGCAAGCUCUGCUAUCAAGAGCACAAAUGAAUGGCGCUGAAGCUGACGCUCACCCAACGUUCCACGUUGAGCACUCUGCCCUCGGCUUUGAGCUUGGUAUCCAGGCUAUCACCUUGGAACGGGCAUUCACAACGCAUUUUCCAAUACUGGCACAACACACUUCACCCAAGUCCCCAUUCCGCAUCCAAUUAAUUCACGGGGACAUUGUCGUUCCCACGCCAGCCGCAAAAGCGGCCGCUUUAGCCUCCGGGCAAGGCGACAUUCCGCUUCCACCGGGGUGGUUGAAUAUAGGCCGCAGCGCCGCAUGUGAUAUUCAAGGCCUGUAUUAUCCGGGUCGCAUCUUGACCUAUCAAGGCCACUUUGAAUUUGAUGUAUGGUCAAACCGCGCACUAUGCAUUGAGUUCGGUCGACGCGGUAAUUGGCCUACUGAGUUAGUUCAGCAAUACAUUGAGCAUAUUGAGCGCGCGCUUGUUCCUGACGCUGAGGAUGACGACGAUGCAAAGCGUGCUGCAGAAGUUGUGUUGCUUUUCUUUGCUGGUGAAGAUAAGUCAAGUGCAGUGCAGAAGUCAUCUGGAUUGGGGCUGGGGUUGGGAGGCUUUGUCGCGCCUGAUGGGAUGCUUACGCCUCCACUGGAAUGA